AUGCGGGCCGUUCUCAGCACCACCAUCACCAGAAACCUUGUGUUUGGUAGCUGGAAUAAAAGCUACCUAAACAGCACCAGCCUCGCAAAGUUCUCUACCAAUGCCACAAAGGAUAAUGUCAUUUACCUUACAGGAGCCACUGGUUUCAUUGGGGAGGAGAUUAAGAAGGGCGUAUCAGGCCUCCAGCGUUUCAACAAACAAUUCGGAAGCUCCCACAAGGCAUCCUUCAUGGAGCCUUCCGCACGCAUCCCUGAUGAUGUGAAUCGCGUGAUCUUCAAUGCCUAUGAUUUGAGCUUCCUAAAUCCCUUGCCACAAGUGCUGAAAGAGAACGUAAAACCGAUUAUGAACAUGAUGGAUCAAUGUCAUUCUCUUCCCAACCUUGAUGGUAUUUCGGUUGUUUCUUCGGCCUUUGUUCAGCAGCCACUGCCUUUCAAGAGAGACCCUAAGAACCAUAUUGAGUUCAUAUUGAAAGACGCCGGAUACACAGCUACGGACAUUUACAACCAGCUUGUACCAAAAUCAGGCCAAAGCAAUUCAUCCGAGGAUGCUGCGGAUGCUUCCCAAGAAGCUGACUAUGACCACAUGCUCCCAGAGCACUACAAGUUCAACAAGUAUGCCACGUCCAAACAUAUCCUGGAGCACUUGGUUCAUGAAAACUACCCCGACUUUCCUAUCUGCAUUGUGCGUCCCUCUGUGGUGAUACCUUCUCGAGAUGGGACACAUGGGCACGGAAUCAGAGCUGGCUAUUCGUUCUUCUUGGCCAUGGCAUCUCAGCCAAUUUUCCGUUUUCCCGAGAAUAAGUUCCACUUUGACAAUGUCUUUGUUGAGGAUGUAGCCAAGGAUAUCUUGGAUGGCGCGUUGGAGCAUGCCGCCCCUGCAGCUGAGAAUCCAAAGACUGGUACUCACUACCAUCCCAUCCUUUGCAGUAGCGCGGGAUCCUCUCUGGAUGAGAAGACUACCAUGAUUGAUCUGUUUCGUCGGAUGGCCCCACAAGUGCAUCGAUAUGAUAUUCGCAAUCGACAUGUGCGGUCCACGUUGCGGACGCUGGAGUACUAUGCCCUGCGGCUAUUUGCUGACAAGCGCUCGGCAGGAACAUUGCACAAGAUGUACCAGAGUUAUGAUCCCAUCUUUGAGCAGAACUGGGAUUUUGAGCCAAGGUUGACCGACUCUCGGAAUGAAGAGGUGCUCGAUCAGGCAAUGGCCAACUUUUACAGCCACGAGCGGAAGAUGAGAGCAGAAGAGAAAGAAAGCCAAGAGGAACAAUGCAAUGUGGCGGUAGGAACUCCUGCUGCCAUUAAUAUGGAUUCCAAGUAG